AUGCCUACACGCGGCGAGCCAACUGAUGGGAAAUGGUGGAAGAAAAUCACGACGCGGCUGAUGGCCCAAGCGACGAAAGUCAAACACAAUGGCGAGAGCGACAAGCGACAGCAAAGUGCUUCGCCACAGGAUGAAACACUGCAGGCGGCGACAGCGCCGGAUACUAACAGGAUCACACCCUGUGACCCUAUUGUAGAUCGAGAAACGUCGCAUUCUCUUCCGUCUCAAUCUACUCCGAACCCUGUUUAUAGCAAAAGAGUAGAUUCGCUUCGAAACCGACGGGCGCGCAAUCCGGUCGCGACACCAGAAGGCGAAACACCGGAAACGAGCACGUCCGUCGAAAAUCAAACAAGGUUAUAUGCUGCUCUCGCCCAUGCCACCCACGAAGGAGACGAACAAUCGGUACGAAGGCUAUUACUUGAGUCGGGGGUGCGAGUGCUCCCAGGUCCAUCUGAGCCAACCAAAAAUUACGGUAGCUUUCGUUGCACAAUUCAACCCAGCCCUUUGCACGAAGCUAUCUCCAUGGGACACACCAAUCUUGCCAGCCUUUUACUUGAUAGAUUCGUCCUCAGUGGCGACCGGCAUGGUGGGCCAGCCAGCGGAUCUGAAAAGAAGGAGCUAGCCGAGAUGAGAGAUGCGAAAGGGAGGACGCUUCUGGCUACCGCUUGUGUAGCAGGAGAUGCAGAAAUUGUGAAGAAGCUAUUAGAUAUAGGCGCCAAAACCGAAAUCCGCGACAGAAAUGGCCUCACCGCACUUCAUCUAGCAGCCCGCUCCCCCAGACCCUCUCCCUCUGUCGUCAAGUUAUUGAUUGACUAUGGGGCCGAUAAAAAUGCCAAAGAUGACAGUUGGAUAACGCUUUUGCAAGAUGCCGAGAACAACCUGCUACCCGAAGAAGUGGCCAUUCUUCUAAGGCCAGCCGCCUCAUCUCCACGACCGAUGCAGCGCAGGAAAAAGCCGCGGGUUCCUCUUCCCAAGGCGGGUAUGGAACACCGACUAGGGAAUUCGAAUGAUGAAGAUCACAAGAAGCAAGACACAUCGUGGCUAGACGGGGUGUUGAUACGUCACACUGAGCGAGAGGUCUUACCUCCGCAUUAUAAAGCCAGUUAG